UGUGAGGGAGUGAGUGAUAGAGUGAGCGAGAAAGAGAAAGAGAAAGAGAUAGAGAGAGGCAGCUGGAGUCUCACACACAACUGUAGUCAGUCUUGGAAUCUGAGCGCAGCCAAGAGGCAAGCACAGAAGCCAGCGUCGUAUUUCCAUGAUGAUGACAUGUUCUCUGAAGUGCUCAGGAGGCUGUUUUCUUAAGGGAAUCAAAGGAGGAUCAAAGCCAGUUCUACAAUGUCAGGGCUUGCCACCUCCAUCAUUUUCAAUUCAACACUGCCCCCCUUGUUAGCUUAUUCAUAAGGAGUUGCGGUUGUGUUGACGAUCGAUUGGCUACAACGAUAAUGAAUCACUUGCUCUGGCUGCUUCCACUCAUCUUUCCCCACCUGAGCUCUCCAGUCAUAUUGCUAGAGAGGACUGAUGGGAAUCUACUUCACACCUGGAACCAUUUGAUGGAGGGAGAUAAAAUGGUGCUGCACAGAUCCAAACGGGACUGGAUGUGGAGGCAAUUCUUUCUGUCAGAGGAAUACACAGGAAGUAAUUAUCAGUAUGUUGGCAAGCUUCGCUCAGACAAAGACAGAGGGGACGGCACUGCCAGAUACGUUCUCUCUGGGGAAGGAGCAGGCACAGUUUUUCGUAUCGAUGAGAAGUCUGGGGAUUUACAUGCUACUCAGAGACUGGACAGAGAGGAAAAGUCCUCGUACACACUGCAGGCCCAGGCUUUCAACAAGAUCACAGGCCUCCCUCUGGAGCCUGCCACUGAAUUCAUUGUCAAGAUACAUGACAUCAAUGACAAUGAGCCCAAAUUUACCAAGGCUGUCUACACUGCCAGUGUACCUGAAAUGUCAGAUGUUGGUACUUUUGUGAUAGAAGUCAAUGCCACUGAUGCAGAUGAUGCCACCUAUGGUAACAGUGCUAAACUUGUCUACAGCAUCCUGCAAGGGCAACCAUAUUUCUCUGUGGAGCCUGAGACAGGAAUUGUCAGAAUAGCCCUGUCCAACAUGGACCGGGAAGUGCGGAAGGAGUACCAGGUGGUUAUACAAGCUAAAGAUAUGGCAGGACAGAUGGGUGGUCUGUCUGGAACCACCAUGGUCAACAUCACCCUUACAGAUGUCAAUGACAGCCCGCCACGUUUUGCUUACAGUUCUUACCACCUCAGCACAUAUGAGUCAGCAGAAAUUGGAUCAACAGUGGGUCGAAUCAAAGCCUAUGAUGGUGACGAGGGUGAAAAUGCUGAAAUGAAAUACAGAAUUGUGGAUGGAGAUGGCAAAGAAUACCUCGAUAUAAUUACAGAUGACAUUACACAAGAGUGUGUUAUUGUUGUUAGAAAGAAACUGGACUAUGAAAGCAAGCGAGUGUACACUGUGAAAGUGGAGGUGACUAACACACACCAGGACCCCAACUUCUUUCAUCUGGGCCCAUUCUUAGACACAGCCAUUGUCAAGGUCACAGCCAAAGAUGUGGACGAGCAGCCUGUCUUCAGUAGACCUCAGUAUGUCUUUGAGGUCAAUGAGGACACACCGAAAGGAGCAGCAAUUGGAACUAUUACAGCCUGGGACCCCGAUGCCACAGAUUACCCAAUCCAAUUUGCCAUAGAUCAGCACACAGACCCUGAGAGACUUUACCACAUCGACCCCAAGAAUGGAACCAUUACAAUUCUGAGGUCUCUUGACAGGGAGGUGUCAAAGUGGCACAACAUCUCAGUCCUGGCCAGUGAGAUGAAUAACCCUCAACAAAGAAGCCGAGUUCCUGUCUUGAUAAAGGUUUUGGAUGUGAAUGACAAUGCUCCAGAGUUUGCAAUGCUUUAUGAGACAUUUGUAUGUGAGAAUGUGAAAGCUGGGCAGCUUAUACAGACAAUCAGUGCCAUCGACACUGAUGAACCUCUUGUGGGUCACAAAUUUGUAUUCAGUUUGAGUUUCCUGAAUACAAACUUCACCAUCUUUGAUAAUGAAGAUAACACUGCCAGAAUUUUGACCAGAAGAAGUGGAUUUAACAGGCGUGAAAUGAGUGUCUACUAUCUGCCAGUGGUUAUCUCCGACAGCGACUACCCCAUCCAGAGCAGUACCAGCACGUUGACCAUUCGCGUGUGCAGCUGUGACGCCACUGGCAACAUGCGUUCCUGCAGCGUUGAUGCAUUACUGCUUUCUGCUGGCCUCAGCACUGGGGCGCUUGUGGCAAUACUACUCUGCGUCCUCAUCCUACUUAUGAUUGUGGUCCUGUUCUCGGCUCUAAAGAAGCAAAGGAGGAAGGAGCCCCUGAUAAUCUCCAAAGAGGACGUGAGGGAUAACGUGGUGAGCUAUAAUGAUGAAGGAGGUGGCGAGGAGGACACCCAGGCCUUUGACAUCGGCACAUUGCGCCACCCAGAGGUGAUUGAGAGCAACAAGUUAAGGCGUGACAUCAUCCCCGAAAUGUUGUUUCCAUAUCACAGACCUUCACCCAUAAAAGAGUGCACAGAUGUCAGAGACUUCAUUAUUAACAGACUGCAGGAAAAUGACAUGGACCCUUUCUCACCUCCCUAUGACUCUCUCGCCACUUAUGCUUAUGAGGGCAACGGAUCAAUUGCUGAGUCACUGAGCUCACUGGAGUCUGCUGUGACUGAGGGAGACCAUGAAUAUGAUUACCUCUCUAACUGGGGCCCACAGUUUAAAAAGCUUGCUGACAUGUACAUUGGGAAGGAUACAGGAGUUGCCAACUAGGCUGCAAUUCAAAGACCCUUCAUAUUCUCUGUAUGUAAGCUUGGAUCUCAGUCAGGUCUGUGAGGCAUAACUUGAAAGGGAAAAGGAUAUGCUUCAAAUGAAGUCUUUUUUUCUUUGUUUUUCUACCAACACAUCCUGAAAUAAACUUUUAUGAUGGAUUUGUCGUGGACAUGGUGAGGUGACUUUGUGGAUGAUUUUGUAAAUUAAAAAAAGAGGAACAGUGACAAGACUGCCUUUAUCUUAGAUUUAUCUUAGACAGAUUGUAAACCACUCUUCCCUGUUCCUCAUCCUUCAUAGAUUGUGUCUUAUCCCACCAUACUGCAUUACAGAUCAUGUGAUAUGUUACAACACCGUGUUUCAUGGUUCCAUGCUGUCACGACAAGUGAAAUUUUAAAAGUGGGGGGAAAACAAACAAACAAAUUAAAAAAAAAAAAAAAAAGAAAAGAAAAAAAAAGAAAUAAUAUGUAUACUGUAGUUAGAUUCUAUUUGACGUUUGCACUCAGUAUUUAUUAUUUAUUUUUUAUGUUGCCUUGGACAAUAUGGCAGUUGUCUUGGACUUAUACUGAGACCUGCAACAUCAAGCAAAACACUACUAUUUAUAAAGGGAUUCCAGUUACAUAUGCUACAUUUGAAUGUGAGUGUAUAUGAGUGGAGGAAUGUUUCAUUACAUAAAGUCUUCUAACUAUACAAAGCCUCUCUACACAUGUGGUGUAUUGCUCCAUUGUUGAAACAUUAUUUUUAAAUCUGUAUGAGAUGUACUGUAGUUCAGUUCAACUUAAUCAGCUUGUGUAAAGUUUGCUUAAUUUACAAAACUGCAGAUUACACUGAGAUCAAAUAGAAGCAUCACAAGAACGUUGCAGCACACCGAGCUUGUGUGAAUGAAUUUUGUUAAGUCAAAGUGUUUUAUAUCCACAUUUUUUUAAGUAUAUAUUUUAAUAAUAAAAAAAGCCUCCUCGA